AUGAAUAUGACCUACGCGACAUCUUCUCCCGCUGCUACUACUGGAGGUCAAGGCAAUAAUCCUCCGAUUUGCCAGAAUUGCGGCACGUCAAAAACUCCAUUAUGGCGUAGGGACGAACUCGGCUCCGUGCUAUGCAACGCCUGCGGCCUGUUUCUGAAGCUCCACGGAAGGCCGCGACCGAUAAGCCUCAAGACUGAUGUGAUCAAGAGCCGCAACAGAGUCAAAACUGCUGGUCAGGGGCCGAAGCGCAAAUCUGGCAGCGCUCCCGAUGGGAAUGGAUUGUCUUCUGCGAGAUCAGAGGCGGGUACUCCUCCUAUGGGGGCCCAGGCGUAUCGUCGCGCGUCGCGAAAGAUGUCGCCAGGUCAUUCUGACCGGUCCCCCUCCCCAGUACCUCGAACCGACAGCCCAGGACUUCCUCCUAUGCACCAACCGCAUGCGCAGCCCCAUCACAAUUCCAACAUCGCUCCGCAGCAUAUGUUUGACAGUGUGACACUUGAGGGCCACGGACUCCCUCCCCCCAGUUCCCUAUCUUCUGUUCCACUCCGCCAGCCAUCUCCUACCUCCACCUCCGCGCCGGUUGAUCGUCAUCCCGAGGCUCCGCAAACAUAUGAAGACCUUUUGGCGGCAAACACGUCCUUGAAGACUCGCGUGAGCGAGCUGGAGCUCAUCAAUGGGCUCUUCAGGGGACGCGUCGCAGAACUUGAGCAAAGCGAUGCCACGGCGCGUCGGUCUGAAAUGAUUGUUCGCGACUCCGAGGUGCGCCUACGGCGGUCUCUUGAUGAGGCUCAGCGGCGAGAGGACGAUCUCAAACGUCGCAUAUCCGAGUUGGAGCGCCAGGUCGCCAAUCAGGCUAAUGGCGGGAACCAGCCAAACCAAGAAAGCCCUCUUGAGCCACUGGCCAAGAGGAUGAGACUCUCCGACGUGGUAGAACAACCUUCGAGUUCCCCAGCCAAAUCCCCCAAGAGCAUAUAG